AAAUAAUAAUCCACGUGUCCUGGAUUAUCUUUUAAAUUUUAUCUUUGUAAAUUUUGUCCUCGUUUUUCUUUAACCUAAAAAAUAUUUGUGGGCAAUCGACACUCUUCUUGUUUAACGGUGCGCACAGAAUAAUUUCCUCCGGCGGCUCAACCUCACCUUCCGCCGCCAUUUGUCUGAACAAUGCUCAGCUCCAAAAAUCUGCUUCUCAAGACAAAAAUGACAAGGAGAAAACAAUCCCGCAAGCCCGUCUCCAAAAAGCCAAAUUCAAUUGCAAAGAAACCCAAAUUCGAAUCCAACAAUCCAGAAUCAGUCUUACCAACAUUGGAAGACGACGGAUACGAACAAAUCGGAGAAGAAGGAGAGGAUGGUAAUUUCAGCUUGAAAGGCUCUGCCCGGUCUCAUUCACACGGGGUCCAACCACUGGGAAAUCUCUACGUCAGCGCUUCGUCAUUCAAUUCAAGGAACACCGGCCUCGGCAAUCUGCAAACCCUAACAGACGAGCUCGUUCUCGAUAUUCUAGGGCUUUUGAGUGGGACCCACUUGGGAGUUCUAUCAACUGUAAGCAAAUCCUUUUAUGUUUUCUGCAACCAUGACCCUCUUUGGAAAAACCUAGUUUUGGAUACGUGCUCGACUGGGUUUUUGUACAACGGUUCUUGGAAGAAUACUUUCGUAGCUCAUUACACUAACUCAUGUAAUAACAUUGUGAGCUGUGGGAUUAAAGUUAGGGACUUUUACUCUGAUUAUUUGUUCCAGAGUUGGCUCUGUGCAAAUCUUGAAAUGAAACCCGAGUGGGUUGAGAGGGAUAACAUAGUCCGAAAAAGGGGGAUUUCUGUUGACGAGUUUGUGUCGAAUUUUGAGGAGCACAAUAAACCUGUUUUGUUGGAAGGUUGUCUCGAAAAUUGGCCUGCAAUGCAGAAAUGGGAUAGAGAAUAUUUGAUUGAAGUUUGUGGUGAUGCUCGAUUUUCGGUUGGUCCAUUGCAAAUGAAGCUUGAGGACUACUUUAGGUACUCCGAUCAAGUGAGGGAAGAAAGACCAUUGUAUCUUUUCGACCCGAAAUUUGCUGAGAAAGUUCCGGAUUUGGGUACGGAUUACCAAGUUCCGAAAUACUUCAACGAGGAUCUUUUUAGUGUUUUGGGUGACGAGAGGCCGGAUUAUAGAUGGAUUAUAAUCGGGCCAACAGGGUCAGGUUCGUCAUUUCACAUCGAUCCUAAUUCGACCUCCGCUUGGAAUGCGGUGAUUAGGGGGUCCAAGAAAUGGGUUUUGUUCCCUCCCGAUAUGGUGCCACCCGGCGUUUUUCCGAGCCCGGAUGGUGCGGAGGUUGCUUGCCCUGUUUCUAUAAUCGAGUGGUUUAUGAACUUUUAUAACGCUACCAAAAGUUUGAAGAAAAGGCCCGUUGAAUGUGUUUGUAAGGCAGGGGAAGUGAUAUUUGUGCCUAAUGGAUGGUGGCAUUUGGUUAUUAACCUAGAAGAUUCUGUGGCCAUUACACAAAAUUUUGUCAGCAGGAGGAAUUUAUUGAAUGUUUUGGAUUUUCUGAAGAGGCCUAAUGCGAGCACACUCGUCUCGGGUACAAAAGAUAGAGUGAAUUUGCACGACAAAUUUAAGAAUGCAAUUACGGAAUCUUUACCCGGAACCUUGGAUGAGUUGAUAGUGAAAGCAGAGGAGAAAAAAAACGAGCAGAAGAAACUUACUUUCUGGGAGUCUGUAACAGAUUCCAAAGUCGGUGCAUUCAGGUUUUCGUUUUAGGUUUACGUUUCGUGCCAACAGAACAAAGAGUCAUUUUUUUUAGCCAGUCUUCAUUUCAGUUUGUUCAAUUACUAGGAUGUUAUUUUGUAAUAUUAUAUUUAUUUUGCUAGUGCAAAAUUGUGAUUGUACUAUUUUGCACUUUAUAGCAAUUCAAAUUUACCAUGUUUAGACUUUAGAUACAGAAUGGUCCAGAAAAAAAUGUUAAUUUUUAUUUAUUUCCGAAAAAUCCGA